AUGGAAGCCGUGGAUACCUCCAAACGCCUGUCCAGCUUGCGGCAACUGAUGCAAGAGCACAAAGUCGAUGUAUAUAUCGUUCCUUCAGAAGAUAGCCACCAGUCGGAAUACAUUGCGCCUUGUGACGGUCGUCGAGAGUUUAUUUCCGGGUUUUCUGGUUCUGCUGGAACCGCAAUUAUUUCCCUGAGCGAGGCAGCUCUAUCUACCGAUGGUCGGUACUUCAACCAAGCGGCGAAGCAGCUGGAUAACAACUGGACCCUUCUCAAGCGAGGCGUUGAGGGAGUCCCGACUUCACAAGAAUGGAUAGCGCAGCAAGCCGAGGGUGGUAAAAUAGUCGGUGUUGACCCGGCGUUGAUAACAGCUUCGGCUGCUCGCAGCCUCUCCGAGGCGCUCCAGAAAAGUGGCGCUUCCUUGGUGGGCGUGUCGCAAAAUCUUGUUGAUUCGGUCUGGGGUAGCGAUCGGCCCGCACCACCACGAGAAAAGGUUAGGGUUCAUCCUGAAAAGUAUGCAGGAAAGACCUUCCAGGAGAAGGUGAGCGAUCUACGAAAGGAACUGGAGAGCAAAAAAGCAGCUGGCUUUGUUAUCUCCAUGCUUGAUGAGGUCGCCUGGCUUCUUAACCUGCGAGGAAACGACAUCCCCUACAACCCAGUCUUUUUCUCGUACUGCACCGUCACUCCGACAACCGUUGAACUUUACAUCGAGGAUGAGAAGUUGACACCUGAGGUGAAGGCACACCUUGGAGACCACGUUAUUGUAAAGCCGUACGAUUCUAUCUUUGCAGACGCGAAGGCGCUUAGCGAAGCGAAGAAGCAGGAUCCUGAGGCCCCCUCUUCCAAAUUUCUUCUUUCCAACAAAACCUCGUGGGCAUUAAAUCUGAGCUUGGGAGGUGAAGAACAUGUCGAUGAGACUCGUAGCCCCAUCGGCGACGCAAAGGCCGUGAAGAACGAUGUCGAAUUGGAAGGCAUGAGGGCUUGCCAUGUUCGUGAUGGGGCUGCCCUAGUCGAAUACUUCGCUUGGCUAGAGAACGAGCUGACCAACAAAAAAACGACCUUAGACGAGGUUGAUGCAGCUGAUAAACUGGAGCAGAUCCGAUCCAAACACGAGCUGUUUGCGGGUCUCUCUUUUGACACCAUAUCCUCAACCGGCCCUAACGGAGCUGUCAUCCACUACAAGCCUGAAAAGGGAAGCUGCUCAGUUAUUGAUCCCAACGCUAUCUACCUGUGCGAUUCCGGGGCCCAGUAUCUGGAUGGAACUACGGACGUAACUAGGACAUACCAUUUCGGACAACCCACUGAGCUCGAAAAGAAAGCCUUCACUUUAGUUCUCAAAGGUUGUAUUGGACUCGAUUCCGCUGUAUUUCCGAAGGGCACCAGCGGGUUUGCGCUUGACGUUUUAGCUCGGCAAUACCUGUGGAAGGAGGGACUUGACUUCUUACAUGGAACAGGACACGGCAUUGGCUCCUACCUGAAUGUACACGAAGGCCCCGUAGGCAUCGGCACCCGUGUCCAAUACACAGAGGUCCCUCUUGCACCCGGAAAUGUUAUCUCUGACGAACCCGGCUUCUACGAGGAUGGCAAGUUCGGAAUCCGCAUUGAGAAUGUUAUUAUGGUACGUGAGGUUCAAACUACUCACAAAUUUGGUGAACGACCGUGGUUGGGUUUCGAGCAUGUCACAAUGUGCCCUAUCGGUCUUAACCUGAUUGAGCCCUCGCUUUUGAGUGACUCCGAGAUCAAAUGGUUGAAUGAUUACCAUGCAGAAGUAUGGGACAAGACCCAUAAGUUUUUUGAGAACGAUGAAAUCACUCGUAACUGGCUUCAGCUUGGUAUGAGUGGCAGGAGUGGCUACGCGAACGGCUACGGGUACUCCGACACCAGCCGCUACGAUCGCGGCGACGGCGGAUAUGGCAACAAUAGCAAUCUGGGUGUGAAUGGAUAUGGCGCCGGCGGGGCGAGAGAACGGCGCCCUGGAGGUUAUGGUGGAUUUUACCCAGAAGCAUCGCAGCAACCUGCUUUGUCACCCGCAGCUUCGCCGGAGCGGCGCCGCGACAGAUACGAUCGAGAUGACCGCUCCUACUCCUCGUCGCGAUCACGGACACGCGGACCAGACCCGGAGAGAGAAAGAAGGGCUCAGAACACAGGUGACGGCAGUGGAAGGUCUCGACGAGAGCCCAGUAGGCCGGGCAAUACCAACAACCAGGACGGGGAGCGGAGAGCUCCCACUGGCGGGAGAGCUCAAGCUGUUGAAGAUGUUCUGCACUCCAUCCAGCGUGAGUGGGAUUUCGUGGCGACAGACAACUGUGUACCGGUGCAGGUUGCUCUACAAUUGAUGGACACCAGCACUCUCGGAAAGGCAGACCGCGAACCCGAUUUCCUUAGUGUAAAUCAGACAAUUCAGCAAACCCUCAAAACCAUCGUCAAUGAGCACCACCAGGGCUUCAAUAGUUCCAUCGGUACAUACCACAAAAUUCAGGCCAGCAUACAAAGCUCCCAAGGGCGAGUCCGGAGUUUGAAACAUGCGCUAGAAGAUGCGAAAGGGGGAUUGAUGUCUACAAAGCCUGAGUUGAAAGAUUUGGCGACGUCUUCUCAGAAAUAUGACGAUAUAAUUCAGUUAUUCAGCCAGAUCCAGGAAAUUCAGUCUCUUCCUGAAAAGCUUGAAUCUAGGCUAUCUGACAAGCGGUUCUUAGGUGCCGUGGAGGUGCUUCAUGACGCCCUCCGGCUUCUACGGCGCUCAGAGCUUGAGAACAUUGGAUCUCUCGGCGACAUCCGUGCAUAUUUCGAAAACCAGGAAUCUUCUAUAACUGAUAUCCUUGUCGAGGAAUUGCAUGAUCAUCUUUACCUCAAAUCCCCUUACUGUUCUGAUAGAUGGAAGCCCCCAACCCAAGAAGCGGACAGCACAGGUAUUAAUGGGAACGGGGCAGGCUCCUGGGAGCGGCCUGUCUAUGGAUUUCUCGCGAGGCUUGAUGCGUCCACACCUAUGGUGGAAGACGCCUCUCGAAAUCCCGAAGCCGACACAUUCUCUUACCUUCAACUUCUUAUCGAAGCUCUGAACAAAAUGGGCCAUUUGGAUAUUGCAGUUCAUCGUAUCGAGCAGCGACUGCCGGUCGAGCUCUUCACGGUAGUCGAUAAAACGAACGCGGAGAUCGAUUUACGCUAUCCAACUCCACGGGGCUCUAUGGCACAAGAUGGAAAGACGGACUCGCCGACGGAAGUGAUUGAGAAGCGAGGCCAUGUUCUCUCCGAGUUCCUGUGGACGCUCUACGCGAAGUUUGAAUCAAUUGCAGAGGGGCACCGUGUCAUUCAUGACGUGAUCGCAGCCAUUGUAGAACGUGAGGGCAUACCAAAAAGCAGCUCCUUGGCUGGUGGAUUUAAGGAGCUGUGGAAACUUUACCAAAGCGAGAUUCGGUCGUUGAUGCAUGAUUACUUGGCUACUGAUGGCCAUUCCAUUGGGCCAGUAGAUGAAGAGGCUGAUGCGCGGCGUCAACUCUAUUCAGGCUAUAGAGACAAAAACAAAAAACUAUUCAAAUUGUCCGAGGCUAGCCGUACAACGGAGAUGAAGGCCGAACAAAACGAAUUGGAUGAAAUCCUGAGGUCUUCUGUCCCAGGACUUGUAUCCAAAUCGGAGGUAAAGUCAGAUGAGAAUCGGCCCUCGGACGCUCGGCAAGGUACCGGCCACAAGAUUCUUAUUGAACCUAGUGUGUUCAAUAUGAGCCUCCUCUUACCGCCGUCACUCUCAUUUAUCCAACGACUCAAGGAUGUUGUUCCCGUGGAUUCCGAUAUGGGAACUGGCUCUCUUACCUCAUUUCUUGACGAUUUCCUUGUCAACGUCUUCUUACCGCAACUCGACGAGACCGUCACGGAGCUUUGCACCCUCAGCUUCAUUGCCACGGAUGCUUUUACGGAAGACCCUCAAUGGUCAACAGUCUCACCAAAACCAGUGUUCAAGGGGACUGUAAAAUUCAUGUCGAUUGUGAGAGAGUUCAGUAGAAUGCUAUCCAGUAUCCCUCAUGAUCAAGCAUUUACGCAGCUCCUUCUCAGUCAAAUAGUGACCUACUACGACAAAUGUUGUGGGUGGUACAAAACCAUUGUCACAAAGGUCUCACCCCGAGGAAGAGGUGGGGUGCAGCUCAAAGCAGCAGCCGGUUUUGCUGAAUCUGGACCAAUUCAUGAUCUCGUCGUCGAACUAUGGCAGGGAUCGGAUCCCAACAAGCAGGAAGUUGUUGACAAGGAAACUGCCCUUCUGAUAAAACACACAGAUACCACGCCAUUGGAGCCCCUCGACAUUAUAUCUGACGCAAAGUCGGUAGUGUCGCUGUCCCUCCUUCAUAAUAGCAUGCAAUGGCUUGCUAGCAGCCUUGCGAAACUACGACAGCCGGUGGUGGACUCGCGACCAUCGCAGUCGGAGUCCGGAACGACAAACCGCCGCUGGACGCUGAUCAGCGCCAUGAAGCCUAAACGCGAUAGUAUAAAUCAACCUAUAUACCUUCCAUUGAAUCACGAAACCGCAACCGCAUUUGACACCACUCUUCAAUCAUUACGCGACCUCGCAGUCUUCGCCGUAUUUGCUUUACAUAUUGAUAUUAGAUGUGGAGUUAUCCAUAUGUUGACGCGGACUAUGGCCGGGCCAAACCCUCAACCUAUUCGCACCUCGGAACCCGCUACUCCCGCCCCGCCACCCAGUGGUGGUUGCUGGCAUCUCCUAACGAGCCAGCCAACCGCAGCAUCACCAGCGAUCCUUGAAUUAAACAAAGAUCUGAUCGCUUUUGAUACGAACAUUUCAACGUAUCUGGGAGCUGCCCAGCGUCAAUUUAUCACCUCUGGCCUAGCCCAGUUCAUAGAUCGAGUCUUCGUAUCUAGCACCCGUUACGUCUGGGCUAUGAAUGAGAACGGCGCAUUACGACUCCAGCUCGAUGUCCUUGUCUUGCAGCAAAACCUCAAGAACGUUAUAAUUGACGCUGCGGAAGCGGAAGAGGACCGUGAGGUUGUUGCUCUACCGCGAAGCGCGAAAUUCCUCGAUUGGUUCCUAGAGGGAGCCGAAAAGGCACUCGAUUACGCAAAAGAAGAAAAGGAAUAUCUGGCCGCGAAUCCCGAUAAGCGGCUUACUGUGAAUCUUGAACCGUUCAGCUACGAAGAGCUCAAGGUUCUUGUUGACCUGUGUUUCUCGGAGAUACUGAGGGGCCCGAGAGGCGAAGACAACCGGGAAGAUUUCAUGGCUGCGAAGAAGGCCAGUGCAGACGCGCUACUGAGGUUGAACGAGAUAAUGUGGGAUUCUAAAUAA